CUGAAAGAGACAAUGAGGAAAAGGAACGACAGGUAGUAGCGGUGGAUCGUAGAUGAUUUAUGCCGACGAGUCGAGAAGAAUUUGGCUAAGGAAGAAGGGUGCGCUGAGGUACCGAAGAGAUGAUCAUAAGAAGAUCGAUGGUCCUAGCCUUGGUCCUGGGAUUGUUGUUGGUGGACCAAAAUGGCGGCCAGGCUAGCAACAACGAGAUGCGCUCGUCGAGCAAAUAUUUUUUACAGAACCUACCUCAAAGAGUUACGCGGUUAGUUCCGCGUAGGUCACCGAUGUUGCCGCAAGAUAGUGCGACAAUGGGAUUGACGAUGCAAAGUAGAGCGGUCGACACCAGAGUUACGCUCGAAGUUAAGGAGGGUGAACCGAAAGGUACCUUGGUUGGUCAGAUACCGGUGAAGCCUGGCUUUACUUAUAGAUUUAAUGAACCACCCCAAGAGUUUGUGCUCGAUCCUAAGACCGGCAAGAUAAGAACAGCUAAGGUAUUGGACAGGGAAGCUCUCAGCACCGAUAGAUUCGACCUAGUCGUACUCUCCAGUCAACCGACCUAUCCGAUAGAAGUGAGAAUUCUCGUAUUGGACAUCAACGACAACGAUCCCGAAUUUCCCGAAUCUAGUAUAGCCGUAAGUUUUUCCGAAUCAGCUGUCGUCGGCACGAAAUUGUUAUUGGACGCUGCCACCGACAAGGAUACUCCCGAAAACGGAGUGACAGAUGAUUAUUUCAUCGUCGAUGGUAAUAAGGAUGAAAAAUUUCGUUUGGAAGUUACGGGUAAUCCGACCGGCGAGACUUCCUACCUUCAUUUAGAAACUACGGGGAAAUUGGAUAGGGAACAAGUAGAAUAUUAUUCUUUAAACAUUUGUGCCAGAGAUAAAGGACACCCGCCUAGAUUAGGUUAUCUUUUGGUUAACGUAACCGUCUUAGACGUUAACGACAAUCCACCGAUCUUUCAACAAAGCGAUUACGUCGUUGCUCUGAACGAAAGUGCACCGGUUGGCACUAAAGUUCUUACCGUUCAUGCCACCGACAAGGAUUCCGAAGAUAAUUCGAAAUUGACGUAUUAUUUGCCCGACACCGAGAGACAGUUCACGAUAGAUCCGGAAACGGGUACCAUCACGACCGCGGAACCUUUGGAUUGUCCCGAACAAAGCUGUGCGACAACGCGCCCAGGUGGAGGCUGUCCAAAGAGCUGCGUCAUAACGGUCUUCGCUCGAGAUCAUGGAUCGCCCAGACAAGACGGUCGUACCUACGUAACGGUUAAUUUAUUGGAUGCGAACGAUCACGAUCCUGAAAUCAAAUUCAGUUAUCUCACGUUAACUGCUGGUUAUGCAACGGUCGAUGAAAAUGCUGCCAAGGAAUCUCUAGUUGCUGCCAUCGCUGUCAUCGACAACGACGAAGGUCUCAACGGCGAGACCACCGUAGAGAUUCGUGCUGGAAACGAACUGGGUCAUUUCAGGCUGGACAACACGCAAAGUUUCGAUAUCGUUCGAGUUAAUGGUAAAUUGGAUCGAGAAGAAAUUCCAAAGUACAAUCUAACAGUCGUUGCCACCGACAAAGGCACGCCACCGAGAUCGGCGACGGCAUAUCUCGUGAUUCAUGUAAACGAUGUCAACGAUCAUGAACCGGUCUUCCAGCAGAGCGAAUAUUCCGCGGUCUUGUCCGAGCUAUCGCCGAUCGGAAGCUUCGUCGCUAGCAUCUCAGCCACGGACGCGGAUUCUGGAUUGAACGCAAGAAUUUAUUACGACUUUGAAUCCGGCAACGAGCAGGGAUGGUUCGCCAUCGAUCAAGAUACCGGUUUGGUUACAACCAUAGCGACUUUGGAUAGAGAAAUUCAAGGUAGUAUCGAAUUACACGUUUCCGCGAAAGACGGUGGACCAAAUCCAAAGUACGCGUCGACUCACCUAAAAGUUACCAUUCUGGAUGAGAACGACGAGGCACCGAGAUUCUCUCAAAAUACCGUUUACGUCAGUUUGUCCGAAAAUACUCCUCCGCAGAGCCUCGUUGCGACGUUAACAGCGGUGGACAACGAUCAAGGUACCAAUGGAAGUAUCGCUUACAGUUUUCAUUCGAGCGUUCUCAGAGAUUAUCCGAAGACUUUCGCAUUGGAUGCUCUAACGGGACAAUUGACAACAAAAAUCAGCUUAGAUCGAGAAUCCAUAGCGGAAUACAGUAUAUUGGUGAUCGCUAAAGAUCAAGGAACGCCUCCUCAAUCAUCGACAGCUACCGUUUUAUUAUCCUUGGAAGAUGUCAAUGAUAAUCCACCGGUGUUUUAUCCCUGGAGAUACUUGAUGUCCGUGCCGGAGAGCGCACCAGUGGGUACUUCGGUUGGAAAAGUCAUAGCAACGGAUGCUGAUGCUAGAGAAAACGCUCAAAUUAGAUACUCCUUAGAAUCCGGCGGGGAAGGAAUUUUUAUCGUCGACGAAAGAACCGGUGAAAUCACUUUGGAAGGUUCUUUAAGAGCCGCGCACAAAACGCUUUACGAAUUAACGAUCUCUGCCAAAGAUACCGGGGAUAAAGUUGCUUCUAGAAACGCCAUGGUCGAGAUUAUACGCGAGGAAGAUCUGGAACAUCUCGAGUUCGACAGUUACAAUGGUUACAACUUCCGCGUGAUGGAGGAUAGGGGCGAAUGUAGUUCCAUGCCAUCUGGCUUUGGUAAGGAAGUUGGAACCGUACAAGUUACUCAGUACGGUAAUUCUAAAGUAACUUACACCAUUCUCUACGGCGAUCCAAAAAGAAACUUCAAGAUAGACGAGGUCACUGGGACGAUCAGUACAGCUGGUUGUUUGGAUAGAGAAAACGUAGGAUUCUAUAGUUUACAGUUAGCCGCCAGAGCCGGACUUGCCUACGGACAGACCCUUGUAAACAUAACAGUCAUCGACGUCAACGACAAUCCACCAAAAUUUCCUAAAGGCGAAGGCGGCGACGAAGUAUACUUGAAAGAAAAUGCUGCUGUAGGUCAAGAGGUUUAUUUGGCGCGUGCCAAGGAUCGUGACGCAGGUGCCAACGCCAGAAUAGUUUAUUCCUUGACUCACAAUCCUGGAGAACAAUUUCGAGUAGCCGAAAAUUCGGGUAUCAUAUAUCUGGGAAAGUCAAUAAGAGCACCGCCCGGUACGGUCUUAAAUUUGGAAGUGACGGCAACGGACUCUGCCGUCCAAUCGCUUUCUGCUCAACAUCAAGUAAGAGUUAUCAUCGAAGAUGUCAACGAUCAUACGCCUGUUUUCAAAUUGACGAGUUACGAGACCUCGUUGUCCGAAUUAACGCCGGUAAACGAUCGUUUCUUUUCGCUUACCGCCACGGACAUUGAUCUUGGUGCUAACGGGAGAGUUUUAUACAGCGUAACCGAUGGAAACGCCGAAGGUCGUUUCGGAAUUUUCCCGGACGGUCAACUUUACGUGAAGAACGUAUUGGAUCGCGAGGAACAAGAUUAUUAUGCGUUGGAAGUGACUGCCAGCGAUCAGGGUAGUCCAUCGAGGAGUUCCGUAGUUCCGGUUGUCGUACACAUUCUCGACGAGAACGACAAUGCCCCGGAAUUCACCAAUUCGAGUUUUACUUUUCACUUGCGCGAAAACGAAUUGCCAGACACGUUCGUCGGUAAAUUAUUAGCCACGGAUCGCGACGUCGGUCGUAACGCCGAUCUCAUGUUUUCUUUGCCAAUCAGCCAACAAGAUUUCCUCGUGGAUCCUAGAAAUGGAUUCAUCAAGUCGUUACGCGUUUUCGACAGAGAACUUUUAGUCAGCAACACCGGCGCCAGUUACGUGACAUUAGAGGCAACCGUUACGGACAACGGGGAAAAUCGUUUGAGAGAUCGCGUCAAAGUCACCAUUUACAUUACCGACGUAAAUGACAAUACGCCACAAUUUCAGAGAUUACCUUACAAAGUGCAAGUGAGCGAAGGGGCAGCUGUGGGUACUCAACUACUUCGAGUUUAUACUACGGAUGCUGACGAAGGUCUCAACGGAGAUGUUUUCUACACUUUAGAAGCAGGCAAUCAAAAUGGAAAUUUCAUGAUCGACGAAGCAACCGGACAGAUUUCUCUCGUCCAACAGCUCGAUCGCGAAGUUUCCAACAGUUAUUUAUUGACCGUAGUUGCGCACGAUGCUGGAUUAGAAACGCGUUUAUCAUCCAGCGCUACCGUAUUCAUAGACGUACUCGAUGAAAACGACAAUGUACCAUUAUUCGUAGAUAACAAAUCGAAAAUUUCUAUUCUCGAGACAACGGCAAUUAAUACGGAAUUAUUAAAAUUCAAAGCGACCGAUAACGAUCUCGGACCCAACAGCGAAUUGACCUUCGCCAUAUCCGCUGGCAACCGAAGGGAUACUUUUUACAUCGAUCCCCUCAGCGGUACUUUGUAUCUAAGGAAACCAUUGGAUUACGAGGAAUUAGAGAAGUACGUGCUCAACAUAACUUGCAGCGACGGUGGACACCCUAGACUCAGCUCGGUAAUGACACUCGUAGUCGAGGUCAUCGACACGAACGACAAUCCUCCGGUAUUCCCGAACACGGCUAUCGUACGACAAAUUCGCGAGGGAAUACCGGUGCAUAUGCCGAUAGUUACGAUAACCGCGGAAGAUCCGGAUUCCGGGGAGAACGGUAUGGUCAGUUAUUCGAUCGUCAGUCAGGAUCCCGAGGAUCAGUUUCGUCGUUUCGGUAUAAAUCCGUCAACCGGAGUGAUUCAUACGUUAUUGCCGAUCGAUCGGGAGGACGUGGACACGUUUAAAUUGGUGGUCGUUGCUACGGAUAAGGCUCAACCGCCUAGCGCCAGAUUAUCGGCAGAAAAAUUGGUCAUAGUGAUCGUAGAAGAUAUCAACGACAACGCACCGAUUUUCGUUAGCAUGUCGGCGGUAAUUCUACCGUUGAAGGGUAACCCCAGUUAUCAGGCACAAAAGGAAGUAGUGGUAACGCAGUUGGUCGCGAAGGACUUGGACUCGAGUACCAACGGGUUGGUCACUUACGAAUUGCUCCGAUCUAGCGUCAAUUAUUCGGACAUGUUCCGCAUACAUCGUACCACGGGUUAUCUAACGAUGCGAUUACCAAGAUCAACGAGGAACUCUCUGGAACGCGUAUCGAAAUAUCAAGUGGGUGUCAGGGCAACCGACGAGGCCGUCCAAGCGGAAAGAAGAUCCUCCGAGACUUAUCUGACCUUGAUAAUGCCUGGGGAGGAUGGCGAGGAUCAACCGAUCUGGGAACAUCGAGGUCAGCUCGAGGGUAGCGUGUACGAAAACGAACCGGUAGGGGCGAGUAUUCUGAGAGUGAGUGCGCGUAGCCGCAGAUCGAACAUCGAUCUCGAGUAUUACGUGACGAACGUGACCGCUGGUAGCGGCGGUCCUCAGGUCGACAGAUUGUUCGACGUCGACACGAAGACAGGUAUACUCUCGACUGCUGCUGCUCUUGACAGGGAAACAGGAAUCCAGUGGUACGAGGUGGAGCUCUACGCUAUCGGAGUUGGCGGCACCAGGCCCAUCACCGCGUCCACAAAAGUUCGCGUGACGGUUUUAGACAAAAAUGACGUGGCACCGACAUGGGGACCAGGUCCGUGGAAAUUUAAAAUUUCCGAAGAAGCACCGCCCAACACCGUGAUUACCGUGUUGAAAGCUUACGAUCCGGACACCAUAGGAACUUUGACAUAUACUUUGGUAUCACCAUUACGACCUAACACCUCUACGAACGAGCACGAAUCAAAGAACGAGAUCGAGAGUCAUUUCAAGUUGCAUCCGACCACCGGCCAACUGAGAUUGGCCGAGGCACUCGACAGAGAAAUCAGAGAAAAGUACGUGCUGAAGGUUCGUGCCGACGAUGGAUUGCAACACACCGACAUAACUUUGACCAUACAGGUGACCGAUACGAACGAUAACGCUCCGACCUUCCACGUGAGCGCUUACUCGUUUGACGUACCUGAGAAUAUGCCGAGGGGAAGUCGAGUUGGGCAGGUCGUCGCAAGCGAUGCCGAUGCGGAAGGUGCUAACAGCCAAUUAAGUUACGCGUUAAUAUCCGAUUGGGCGAACGACGUCUUUUCUCUCAAUCCCAACACCGGCGUCUUCACGCUCACCGCCAGUCUUGAUUACGAACAGAUCCAACAUUACAUCCUGGUGGUCCAAGCAACGGACGGUGGUGUACCGGCGUUGUCCUCAACGGUGACAGUUUAUUGCAACGUCGUUGAUUUAAACGACAACGCACCGAUAUUCGAGGCCGGUCCGCAUGCCGCGGACAUUGUUGAGAAUGCCACCGUAGGUACAUCAGUUUUAACGGUGACCGCCCAAGAUCUGGAUUCUUGGGAGAACGGUAGGGUGAUUUAUGCCGUAGUUGCUGGGGACGAGGACAGUGAUUUUGGUGUCGCAGCGAACGGUACGCUUUACACCAGGAAACCCCUCGACAGAGAACGGAAGCCACUUUACAAUUUAGUUUUGAGCGCAACGGACUCGGCCGUUCCACCCUCUCGUCCUUUGUCCUCGACCGUACAGGUUACCGUGGUGUUGCUGGACGUGAACGACAUGUCCCCGGAAUUCAUAUCACCUACGAAGAUAUCGAUCAUAGAGAAUUCCCCAAUGAAUACCGUGGUAAUGGCGAUAAAAGCUAUCGAUAGGGACGAAGCUAGAAACGGAUACGUCGAGUAUUCCUUGGAGGACGAUAAGCUACCGUUCACUUUGGGCCCGGUCGACGGAUUGUUACGCGUUUCUGGACCCUUAGAUCGAGAGCAAAGAUCAAAUUAUACGUUAGAAGUUACCGCGAAGGAUCGCGGUGAACCAUCUAGGUCUAAUACUACCAGCAUCACAGUCAUGGUAUUAGAUGAGAACGAUAAUUCACCUAUCUUCGAUCCCAGACAAUAUUCCGCAACCGUUGCUGAGAACGCCAGUAUUGGUGCUAGCGUACUUCAGGUAUCGGCAAUGGAUCGAGACGAAGGUGCCAACGGUAGAGUACGAUACAGCAUAGCAAUGGGCGACGAGAAUCGAGACUUUACCAUUUCCGAAGACGGUGGUGCAAUACGAGUUGCAAAGAAUCUUAACUUCGAGCGCAAAGCGAGGUAUCAUUUAACUAUUCGCGGGGAAGAUUGUGCAGCGGAAGUUGGCGAAACAUCGCGCGGCGAUACGGCACAAGUGACCAUCACUGUCCUCGACAUCAACGACAAUGCUCCCCUCUUUCUCGACUCACCUUAUUUGGCACACGUUAUGGAGAACAUGGUGCCGCCAGGUGGAGGAUUUGUAAUCCAGGUUAAAGCAUACGACGCCGACACACCACCGUACAACGAUCAAGUUAGAUACUUCCUGAAAGAGGGUGACACAGAUCUGUUUCGGAUAAAUGCUAGCACCGGAGACAUAUUUCUUCUUCGACCACUCGACAGAGAAUUGGUACCCGAGUACACUCUCACGCUGGUAGCCAUGGACACUGGUUCUCCCCCUUUAACUGGAUCAGGUAUCGUGAAGAUCGUCGUGCUCGACGUGAACGAUCACAGUCCGGAAUUUGCUCGACAAGAAUACAAAGCUACGGUGACGGAGAACUUGCCAGCUGGUACCUGGGUGACAAAGCCUCUGGCCACCGACAGGGACGAAGGCUUGAACGCUAAGAUCUGGUAUAGUUUAUUGGGAGAGAAAGCCGAACGUUUCUCGGCUAAUCCUGAUACCGGAGAAAUUUUCACUCUAGUACCGUUGGAUCGGGAACAAACCUCGGUUUAUCAUUUAACGUUGGUAGCAAGAGAUUCUAGUCCAACCGAGCCAAGAGCGUCCACCGUUAAUUUGACGAUAUUAGUUAAGGACGUGAACGAUAAUGCUCCACGAUUUUUUAGUCCAAGAUACACGGCUUACGUUCCUGGCGGAACCAAGCCUGGUGACUUCGUUUUCGGUGCCAAAGCUACGGACGACGACGACGGUCAAAAUUCUCGCAUAGUUUAUCGUCUACAAGGACAGGAUGCUGAUAAAUUUGUCAUAGAUUCUAACAGCGGUGUGAUAAGGGCUACGCAAGAGUUGACCAGCGACGAAAGUACAUAUCAAUUACAAAUCCAAGCGUCCGAUUGUGGCAUGGAACCGCAAUACGUUACAGCCGACCUAAUGAUACACUUGUGGGAAAAACAACUCUUUCCCAACUUUCGAUCUAACAUUAACACCAGAUUUACCUUGCCCGAGGAUGUGCCCGAAGGAAGAGUGAUCACUAAAUUAAGUGCCACAACACCCAAGGACGGUGCUGCCAGUAAUCUGGUGUAUGGAAUAGCUGGUGGAAACGUUGGGGAUGCUUUGAAGAUCGACCCAAAUACUGGAGAGGUUCUGGUUGCAUCUGGAUUCGAUUACGAGACAGCACCUUAUUACGAAGCUUGGGUCGAAGUCCGAGAUUCCGAUGCACCGGCAUUAAGAAAUGUCGUUCAGUUGCUGGUCAACGUGACCGACGCUAACGACAAUGCACCGAUAAUGGAUGCAUCCAUCUACAAUGCAACGGUACCAGAAGAAGAAUAUCCGCCAUUAUUCGUAUGCAAAGUAUCCGCGAAGGAUCGUGAUUCCGGUGAAAAUGGACAAGUACUUUAUUACUUGGUCGACGAUUUUUCGGAAUCUUUUACGAUAGACAGUUAUACCGGAGAAAUCAGUACGAACGAGAAAUUAGAUCGAGAGGAUAUAUCGUCUUACGAAUUGAUCGUUGAAGCCAGAGAUCAAGGUCAACCGAAAUUAACUGGCACAGCAAUGGUCAUUGUUACGGUACUGGACAAGAACGACAAUCCACCACGUUUCACGAGAUUGUACAGCGUGAAUGUAACGGAAAACGCUGAGAUCGGGACAUUCGUCAUACGUAUCACCAGUAGCGACAUGGAUAUUGGCCAAAAUGCAAAUGUCACUUAUAUCUGUACAGAUAAUCCAGGAAAAAAGUUUUCGAUCGAUGCAAUAAGUGGCAACGUUACGGUGGCUGGUCACUUGGAUAGAGAAGAACAAGAUGAAUAUUUGUUAAAGAUUGUCGCAGCCGACGGAGCAUGGGAAACGGAAACAGCAUUGACUAUUACGAUUCAAGAUCAGAAUGAUAAUCCACCAGAAUUCGACGAAGAAGUUUACUAUUUCCAUUUCCCCGAGUUGCAACCACCUGCAUCGCACGUUGGUCAAGUGACAGCUGUGGACAAUGAUAAACAAGGUCCGAAUUCGGUGAUAUCCUACAGUCUCUUACAACCAUCGGAUCUUUUCACGGUGGAUCCAGCAACCGGUGAUAUAUUUAGCAAAAGAUUGCUCCGUUACAAGCAUACGCAUCGUCCUUCCUCUCCGGAAAAUUUAUAUUCGCUGACGAUAAUUGGAACAGAUAAUGGAAAACCACCAUUAUCUUCAAAAACUGUCAUUCACGUUAGCGUUGUAGAUGCCAAUAACAACACGCCUAAAUUCGAACAGAGAUCCUACCUUUCACCGGUACCUGAGAAUUACGGAGUCGGUAAGAAGAUCAUGCAAUUGAGUGCUAAAGACGAGGCAGAUUUCGGUGCAAAUGCUGAGAUCAGAUAUUCGUUUGUGAGCGUCAACGAGACCGAUUACUUCUCGGUCGAUGAGAAAACUGGUUGGGUUUACGUUCGUCGAAGUUUGACCGGUAUCGCUGUUGGUACAACGUUUGUACUGAAAGCACGUGCCGUGGACAAAGGUGUGCCACCGCAAAAAGACGAAGUGAAUUUGACUUUGGUAAUCUCGGGUGAAAAUCGACACUCGCCAACCUUCGCUGCUGUAAGUUAUCAGGUCAGAGUACCUGAAAAUGAACCAGUCAAUACGACUAUACUAACGAUCAGUGCUGUUGACGGUGAUUCUGGUCCCAAUGGUAUGGUACGAUACAAAAUAUCAGCUGGCAAUGAAAGAAAUGAAUUCUUUGUACACUCCGUUACUGGAGCAGUUACUAUUUUGGAGCCUCUGGAUUACGACCUCGUUCAAAAGUAUAGAUUAAAUAUAACAGCGACGGAUUUGGGCUUCGAACCAAAACAAGCUGUGGCUACAUUGACCGUCACCGUCUCGGAUAUUAAUGAUAAUCCACCAACUUUCAAUCAAAGCGUCUACGAAGCAUAUUUGCCAGAAAAUUCGCCACCAAAUAGUUUUGUAGAUCAGGUAAUCGCUCAUGACAUCGAUUCACCCAAAUAUGCUGUGGUGGAAUACAAGAUUCUAGGUGGUACAGGAAAAGAUCAUUUUCGUAUAAAUGAGAACACAGGAGUGAUAACAUCGGAGAUCAGUUUCGAUUACGAAGAAGCCAACAAAUACACUUUAGACAUAAUUGCAGCUAAUCCAGAUUCUAGUCCCCAAAUGGUUGGCUUUACGAGCGUUCGCGUGCAUAUAACAGGAGUGAACGAGUUCUAUCCCAAGUUCAUACAACCAGUGUUUCACAUGGACGUAUCGGAGAGUGCAGAUGUUGGUACUUCCGUGGGUCUAGUUCAAGCAACCGAUCAGGAUUCUGGAGAAGAUGGUCGGGUGUAUUAUCUGUUCGUUGGUUCAUCGAACGAUCGUGGUUUUACGAUAGGAUCUGAAACUGGUAUAAUAAAGGUUGCUAGGAGGCUCGAUCGUGAGACACAAAAUCGUGUUGUCCUGACAGUAAUGGCAAAGAACAGUGGUGGUAUACGUGGAAACGAUACAGAUGAAGCUCAAGUAAUCAUAUCAAUUCAAGAUGGCAACGAUCCACCGGAAUUUCUUCAGAGCACUUACGAUACCAGCGUAUCGGAGGGUGCAGCUCACGGGACACGUUUACUAACCGUUAGAGCCGUAGAUAAAGACAUAAGACCACAGAACAAUCAGUUCUCCUACUCCAUUAUCAGUGGUAAUCUUGGCCAAGCGUUCAAAGUCGAUCCACAAACUGGCGACAUAGAAACAGCCAAACAACUUGAUAGGGAAACCAUAUCUUCCUAUGAUCUUACCGUCGGUGCCAUAGAUACUGGCUCACCGCCACAAACUGGCACAACUACAGUUCAUAUCGAAAUUCUUGACGUAAACGACAACGGUCCGAUUUUCGAACCACCCGAAGUAAUCGGCUAUGUAAGUGAAAAUGAACCAGCUGGUACCAGUGUCAUGACUCUCAGUGCUACUGAUCCUGAUCUACCACCAAAUGGUGCACCGUUUACGUACAGACUCGUUGGUGGUAGGCAGAGUGAUAUGGUCACGCUUGACAAACAUUCAGGUGUCCUCAGAACAACGAGAAGUUUAGACAGAGAAACUAUGCCACAAUUAGAUCUUGUCGUGGAAGUUGAAGAUUCUGGAAUGCCAAGAAUGAAGAGUGAACAUACAAUUACCGUUAUCGUCACCGAUCAAAACGAUAGUCCUUCGACGUCACGAUCUGUCCAUGUAAUAGUACAUGCAUUCAAUGGUGCUACUCCACUAGGCAAAAUUGCAGAUGUGCAUCCUAACGAUCCAGACAUCACUGGGGUUUACUCUUGCAAAAUCCUACAAAGUUCUAACACCAGAGUUUUAAGUAUUCCAAACGCUUGCGACUUACAUACCAACAAAAUUACACCUGGUAUCGGGUAUUCCCUGAGUAUAUCCGGUAACGACGGCCGUCAUCCUGACGUAACAUCAAAAGUCACCGUAGAAUUCAUUUCCUUUAGAAAUGCAACGAUAGAAAACAGCGUAACCUUACAAAUCAUGAAACUAACAGCUAAAGAUUUUCUGAAUCAACAUUAUCGUGCACUUUUGGAUUUAUUGCAAGAGGAAAUCGACGUCGACGAUAUCGUAACGAUUUUCAGUCUUGGAGAAAGCAAUGGCAAUGCCAAUAUUCAUUUGGCUAUCGAAACUCCGCAAGGUUAUCGCACAAAAUACGAAGUUAGCGAGUUACUGACACGUAAUCGAGAUAAAAUCCAGUCGCUGUUUGAUGGAAAUACGUUUACAAUUGGAUAUUCUCCAUGUAAAAAUAUGCCAUGUGAAAAUGGUGGCAGUUGUACUAGUCGUUUAGCCAUAUACGAUGACGCUAGGAUCACCGAUAGUCAAACAUUGAUUUUAACAUCUCCAAGAAUGUUGCAUGAAAUGAUGUGCAUAUGUAGAGAUGGUUUUACCGGUGAGAAAUGUGAAAGAAGGCAGAAUCCAUGUUCACCGAAUCCUUGCUUAUUGGGUGGUCAAUGUCGCAGAUUGGGAUACGACUUUCAAUGUACGUGUCCUAUUGAUCGCGAAGGAAAAAUAUGUGAAUUGGAAAGAGGGGACGCGUGUGCCAACAAUCCUUGUCGAAAUGGUGGAUCAUGUAGGAAAAGUCCUGACAGUUUUAGCUUCUUUUGUCUUUGUCGUGCUGGUUACAGAGGAAAUCACUGUGAAGCUAUCACAGAUUCGUGCAGACCAAAUCCAUGUUUGUAUGGUGGCCUAUGCGUCGGAGAAAAACCAGGUUACCGGUGUAGUUGUCCACAAGGACGUUAUGGAAGACACUGUGAACGUUCUACUUUCGGUUUCGACGAACUUUCUUACAUGACGUUCCCAGCGUUAGAUGCCAACACUAACGACAUAACCAUAGUAUUUGCUACAACGAAACCGGAUGCUUUGUUGUUAUACAAUUAUGCACCACAAACAGGUGGACGAUCGGAUUUCGUGGUUCUAGAAUUAAUUAAUGGAAGAGUCGUAUUUUCUUAUGGUGGUGCAAGAAGUGCUAUUACGUCGGUAUCGAUAAAGAAUGAUAAGAGCGUGUCGGAUGGGGAAUGGUGGAAAGUAACAGCAACGAGAAAUGGAAGGGUCAUUUCAUUGAGCGUAUCUACGUGCAGAGAACACGGUGACAUUUGUGACGAUUGCAGGCCUGGCGAUGGAAGUUGCUAUGCUGAUGACGUUGGACCAAUUGGGACCUUAAAUUUCAAUAACAAUCCUCUUCUCUUGGGUGGUCUUGAAAAUGUCGACCCUGUAUUGGAAAGACCUGGACAAGUACACUCCGACGAUUUCAUUGGCUGCAUGCAUUCAGUAUCGAUAAACGGAAGAUCUCUAAAUCUGACAAAUCCGCUAGCAUUGCGAGGUGUUAAACCUACGUGCAGUCGAUCGGAAAAAAGUCCUUGCUUGAAAAAUAAUAAAAAUUUGGUCUCUGUUUGCGGACCGAACUCAAAGUGUUACGACAAGUGGCAUCAAGUGACUUGUCUAUGUGGAUCCCUAAUUUCACCUAAUUGUCAUGGCGCGUUUGAGCCUAUCACUUUGAGCGAAAAUGGAUACGUCGAGUUCAAGAUUUCAGACAAGCAUAGAAGAAUACAAUUAUUAGAAUCUCUCUAUGGGGGAUCAACAAUGUGGUACAAAAAUCGUUCGAAACGAACAACAUCGGAAGAAUCAAACAUGUUCACGAUGAAUCCGGUAUCAAAAACGGUUGGUCUUAUGUUCCGUACCAUUAAACCUGAUGGUAUUCUGAUAUAUGCUGCUACGAACAAACACUAUACGUCAGUAGAGCUACGAGGUGGUCAGUUGACAUAUGCGUCGUUAUUGGGUUCUCCCGUUAACAUGACCAUGCACGUCGAAGGUGGACUAGCGGAUGGUAACUGGCACAAUCUAACUUUACACGCUUACUCCCGAGGUUUGAGGUUGCUCCUAGACGGUGUCUCGAAAGGAGACGAAUUAGAUUUAACGAGUAUCCACGAUUUCCUCGACCCAUACUUAUCCGUCCUAUCGAUAGGCGGAGCUAGCCAGAAUUUCUAUCAUGCUCAAAGUGCUGGCGCUAAGAGCUUCGAAGGUUGUCUGGCAAAUUUCACGAUAAAUAACGAGCUCCAACCGUUCAACGGUUCAGGAUCUAUUUUCAAGGAUGCGUUAUACCACGGAAAAAUUAAAACCGGAUGCAGAGGACCGAUAGGCAUUGGCACAGCUACAACACCCAAUCCUCUAAACAUCGGUAUUACCCUAGUCGUAGUGUUUUUCGCUGUCCUGUUAAUAGCAAUCCUCAUCAGUUUCAUAGUUUUCCGUUUGAGACGUCAGAAAGAAAAAUCAGCGUCGUCUGUAGUUAAUAAAAAUACGAACGCUAUUAUGACCGGUAAUCCAAUGGUGGGCACGGGUAAUGAUAAUCUCAUGUCGCGUCACGAAAAUACAUAUAUUUCCGAUGCAUCGGAUUUAAGGGGUGUUAGUCACAUGGGUCCGGAAUUGAUAUCGAAGAAGUACAAAGAACGUGAAAUUAAUUCUACGAGCGAACACAGACCUCAAAGGCCGGAUAUAAUCGAACGAGAGGUAACUAAGUCACCACCGAUCAGAGACGAACAUCCUCCUUUACCUCCACCGACCCAAACAUCUCUUCACUCGCACGAACACAAUCAGGAACCUGACAUGCCAGAACAUUAUGAUCUCGAAAAUGCGAGUUCCAUCGCUCCGAGUGACAUCGAUAUAGUUUAUCAUUACAAAGGUUAUAGAGAUGGCAUGAGAAAAUACAAAGCAACCCCACCGCCCAUUGGGAAUUACGGAAAUCAUCACAAACACACUGGACAACAACACAGACACACUGGCCCGUUUCCACCACGAGCGAUGCCACCACCAAACGUAAAUCAACCGCCUGGACCAGCACCGAAACUAUUACAAAGUACACCUUUAGCUAGGCUAUCGCCGAGCAGCGAGUUAUCCGCUCAACAGCCAAGAAUCCUAACUUUGCACGACAUCAGCGGGAAACCUUUACAGAGUGCCUUACUAGCAACCACUUCGUCUUCCGGUGGUGUAGGCAAAGACGCUUUAAAUUCGAACAGCGAAAGAAGUCUAAACUCGCCCAUCAUGAGUCAGUUAUCGGACUUAACAGCCAGUCGUAAGGCGCCACAAUCCAACAACGAAAAUUCCGUGAACAAUGUAUCAUCCGGACCAAUGGGUUUAACAGCCGAAGAAAUAGAAAGAUUAAAUUCCCGACCUAGGACAUCGAGUCUCGUGUCGACUUUAGACGCUGUAAGUUCGUCCAGUGAAGCAAGAGGGCCACCAACUCAUGGACCACUUCAUCUACACAGACGCCACACACCCCCGGUCGAAAGAUUGGAACGACGAAAUUCCUCUACCACCGACGAAAGUGGGAAUGAUAGUUUCACCUGUUCGGAAAUUGAAUACGACAAUGGUUCGUUGGUCGGUGACAAAAGAUCCGACAAUCUUUUCACCAAACAGGACGACGAGGAAGUCACUCAGCGAACCAACGAAUCAGCUCAAUCAACCAAACCCCCGUUACCACCGAACGUUAAUUACGAUGGAUUUGACAGUUCCUUUCGUGGGUCAUUGAGCACGUUGGUCGCCUCGGACGAUGAUUUGUCAACCCAUAUGGGUGGUCUUUAUAGGCCUACCAAUAAUGGCUCGCCAUCAACCACAACAACCGCACUCAGUUGGGAUUAUCUCUUAAAUUGGGGACCCAAUUUCGAAAGUCUCGUCGGCGUUUUUGUCGACAUUGCCGAGCUGCCGGACAGCGCGAAUCGAGUACCCAAUACCCUUAGACUUCCAGCUAGUAUACCCAAACCUUCGGAGGAAUACGUCUGAUAACAUUGAUUAUUGAUGAUUCAAAUAUUAUUAUCAUUAAUACGUGAGAAUAUUGAUGUUAUUCUCCAAAGAAAAAAGUCUGUCCAUGUAGCGUUCAUUUAAAUCUUCAUUAUUUCUUUAUCAUACACGGAUUUUUGAUACAGAUUGAUGGAUUUAACAAGUCUCCGUGUGAAUUUUUGUAUAUAUAUACAUUUAUAAACGAACGAUAAUAUUCUAAUCAAAAUUACUUUACGCGUUAUAGUUGUAUGUUAUUUAGGAAAUACUUAUACUUUUUAAUAUCUACAGAUCAUCAAUAUAAGCGAAUUUAAAUGAGAUAAAUUAGAUAAAUCUUCUAUAACGAAUUUUCAUAUUCGUCCUAUCAUUUAUCGUCAUCCAAUUAUUUUAAUGCCAUUGCAAACACGGGUACUCGUCCGUAAAAAGAAAAACAAGAAAGAAAAAAAAACUCCCCCCUCCCUCCGCGAAAAGAAGAAAAUAAAAUAAUUGUUACAUUUAGUUACAUAUUCGACACAUUAACACACUAUACAUUUUAUUUUUUUUUCUUUUUAAUAAUAAUUUUUUAAUUACAAGAGUACGUAAUAAAACGCGCGACAAGCAAGUAAAUGAUGAAAAAAUUCAAUGAAUUUGAAAAAAAUUCAAUGAAACGAUAUCUGUAAAUGUUGUAUCUUAAUUUUGAAAUUCUUUUGUCGUUAUAUAAAUAAUUAUAUAACAAAUGUUAACCCUUCCGUUACCCUUUCUAGCGACCCAUAUACGGGUCGUAGAUCAUGCGUAUACUAGUGCCAAUGCAUGUCGAGUAACGAAAGGGUUAAAGAAAGAAAAAGAAAAGCAACAAAAAUUAAUUGAAAGAUUUAGAAGGAAAGAUAGAUUGAUGAUACAAUUCCUUAUUUCUUUUUUUUUAAUGUUUUUCUAAUAAGCUUCGCGUUUAUCGACGCGAGAAGCGCGCCAUCGAAGCUACCAGACUGAUUUUUCAU